UGGCGGGAUGCAUACGCGUCCGCACUGCGCUCGCGCUGUUUCGGUGGCGGCGACAGGGCGGGGUUUGUUUUGAGAGCGGACCGGAGAGAAAGAUGGCGACCGCAGGGUCCGCCGAACAUCCUGUCAGUUCGGCCGGCGCCGCCGCUGACACGUCCCGGUGCCGGUCCAGAUCCCGGUGUCGGUCCGGUCCCAGCCAACAGGAGAGCGACGGAAAGAAAUGCACAGCCUGCGUCGACAGCCACCCCAGCGGUAGCUCGGCCUACGGACACCCGGCCUGUCCGCUGUGUCUGGCCCGGAGACACUCGGGUCGCGAGGAGCGUCUGUGGGGGAGAAGUGAUCCUGAAAAGGGUAGCAGCAAGGCGGGCAGGAGGGACGGCGACAGCCGGAGAGAGCUCUUCGUCUGUCCGGCUCUCAUCCCAAAGUCUGCAGACGUUCUUUCGGGUCUCACUGGGAAACACAAGCUUCUGUCAGAAGACCAGAAUGACGUGAGGAAGAGGAGCUUGACAGGAUCGGCCCAUUGUGAUGAAGAACCGGGAGUUCUAUCCGACUCAGAAAAUGAGAAACCGAUCAGUAGGAGGAUCAGAACCAUCUCAGCCUUCAUCAGGAAAACCAAAAACUCUUCAGCCUUCAGCAGCGGAUGUCAGAGGAGUCGCAGCUGCACUGACCCGAUGGAGGACCGAGGAGGGAAGCUAAAGGUUCUGGUCCAGCCAGCGGCCAUGCUGGAGCGGGUUGGAAUCAGCCACAGCUCGGCGGCAGGAAUCCUCCUUUCGUCGGAGAACAGCCGGUCCGUCUCGGCCCCCAUUACUGCUCCGGACCGUAGGCUCUCCUGGAGGGUGGUGCUGACUUCAUCCACCCCUCCGGGCCUGGCGCCGGUCCAACCAGAGCGCUCCAUCAGCCCGGAGAGCAACGACAGCAUCUCUGAGGAACUGAAUCACUUCAAGCCCAUCGUGUGCUCGCCAUGCACGCCGCCCAAACGCCUGCCGGAUGGCCGCCUCCUAGAGCCGACCAUCGUCAAGUCCACGCCUCGGAACCUGACCCAGAACCUGACCCGAGGCCUGCAGAAGGCCACCAGCUACGAGGCCAGCCCGGCCGUCCUGCAGAAGUGGAGGCAGAUCGAACUGGACCGGCAGAAGCUCAAAGUGAACUCCAAAGGCACGUUGACGAGUCCCGUCCCUGAGCCCCACGGCAGGACCAACGGGGGUGAGGACGGACCGGGUGGCGCAGGCAAGCGGCGGGCAGGAAACGGCGUGACGUCCUCCAACAAGAGGAGGCUACUGUUUGAUACCCCGGCUGCAGAACCAGACCUCUUCCAGAAACAAUCAGUGAAAAUCCGGGUCCCAGCGAUCCACUACAGCAGUGCCAUGACGCCUCAGGGGGGUUCGGACUCUGAGCCGGCUGGUGCCACCCCCGAUCCCUGCAGCGGGGCGAUACGGUUCAGCCGGACCCGGUCCUUUAAGCCAUACGACAAGGACUCCGGUUUCCAGUCCUGUAAAUUUGUGCCAAAGGACCAGCAGUGUCUGAAGAAGGACGGGGACGGCAUCCACAACCAGUCUACCUCCAGGAGGGGCAAGAAGAAGAAGCAGAAGACCAAACACCUGGACCCGGACUUGAAGAGGACCCGGCCCGUCAUCCAGGAACAGCAGUUCAUCUGUCAGAUCCAGCAGGACCGGGCGCUGGCCCUGAAGCUGCAGAGACAGUUUGACCUGGAGAGGACCAGGACCAGCCCAGACAAGUAUUUCCUGCGGUCCUGGAUGUCCACCCAGAACCGCAGGAGGCGGGGCCUGAGAAGGUCCCGGCGGAUCAAUAAGAAACACUGAAGAGGAGUCGGAACCGAGGUCCGAAAUAUGCAAAGAGAUGAACGUUCCUGAAUGUUUAACCAGAGACUGAAGAACGAUCUUCCAAACACCAGCAGAACCAAAAUUGAACUCCACAGGUCCAAACACUAGACACAUGUCCAAGUUCUGACCCGGCUCUGAUUGGGUCCAGAUCAGUUUGAUUGAUUUUGAACAUGUGAUUCAUUAAAUGAUUGAUUAACUCCGA